CUCGCCUCCCACAAGGGAGCCAAGCAAACUUCCCCAGCGCCCUCUCCCCUGGCAUUGCUGUGAGCCUCCCAUAGAUAGCAGGGACGGGCAGACGGGUGUUUGGGAAUUCGGGAGUCUCCUUCUCACUGACAUCUUGGAAGCUUCAUCUGCUGCGUCUCUGGAACAAUGAAGACCUGGAUCCUUCUCAUCACAGCAGGAAUCGCCUGCAGCUUGGCCUCUGGCACUGCUGAGGAUAACGAGGAAACAGAGCCAGCACAUGCCAGCUCUGCCGGCUUGUACACAGAUCCCGACUCCUGCAGGGGGCGCUGCCAUGAGCGGUACAACAAGCAGGAUGAGUGUCACUGUAAUACCAAGUGUGAAAAAUAUCGCAACUGCUGUGAAGAUUACCAUAUGCACUGCAGCAAGGAUGGGAGACAGAAGGACCCCAUGGCUGAGCCUGCAGACUCCAUGGAAGGAUUCUCCAGCAGUCACGACUCCAUCACCAACGAAGAGCUCCUGAGCAUCUCCGAGCAGCUUUUCAAGGUGGACCACAACAAAGCCCAGAAGUCAGACAUCACCAUUAACCUGCAGCAUCUCGCCUCCUCUGCCGAGAUCAAAGACAAAGAGGAUCAUUCUCCUGAGCCACUCUACACGUAUGUCAAUGAGAAGCUCUUCUCCAAACCGACCUAUGCCAGCUUCAUUAAGCUGCUGGAUAAUUACCAAAGGAUGACGGGCAGAGGGGAAGCCUUCAGUGCCGAGCAGCUGAAGGAGCAGGAGAACUUCCUGCAGGAGGUCAUGAAAACGGAGCUCAUGAUAAAGCUUUACAAUUUCCUGCACAAGAAAAAGCGCUACAGCACCCAGGAGGAGUUUGUCAGUGACCUGAAGGAAAUGUGGUUUGGCCUUUAUUCCAGAGGCAAGGAGGAGGGGGAUUCCAGUGGCUUUGAGCACGUCUUUUCAGGGGAAGUCAAAAAAGGAAAAGUGUCCGGAUUCCACAAUUGGAUUCGUUUCUACCUUCUGGAGAAGAAGGGGCUGGUUGACUACCACAGCCACAACUACGACGGGCCGUGGGCCUCAUACCCUGACGUGCUGGGGAUGCAGUUCAGCUGGGAUGGCUAUUUCAAGGAGGUGGGCUCUGCCUUCAUUGGCUGCAGCCCUGAGUUUGAAUUUGGUCUCUACACUUUGUGCUUCAUUGCUCGGCCAGGGAAGAUGUGCCGGCUGAGCUUGGGAGGCCAUCAGCUGGGCAUUCAGACCUACACCUGGACCAAAUCAACCUAUGGCAACAACAGGAAGUAUAUAGCGACUGCCUACGUGACAUCAUCCUGAUGCUGCCAGCAAUCCCAGCUGCAGGGAGGCACAGGGAGGGGAAAGGGUGGUGGUGACAUCCUGGGAGCGUGCAGCUGCACCAGGAAACUUGGGCUCAUAGAGGACGCACAGGCUGCAAUGUGCUGAUCACUCUCUUCUGCACCUGCCAGGCCUGGGACUGCCUUGGUGGGGUUAAAUGAUCUUGCUGCAUAUGCAUUAUGUUUGCAUGGUGCUGAAGGAAGCUGGGGCCCCCUGAGACACCUGCACAAUGAAGGAAGGAAGGAAGGAAAUGUGAACUGUCUGUAGCCCUGAAGAAGCUCCCGGUUCCCUUCCCAAGCAUGUGUCCCUCAUCCAGCAGAAGAGUGAUAAGAAGUGUUGAGUGUUUAAUGUGACAGAUGGGAAUUAAUGCAGACAAGUUAAAUAAAAAAUGC